AUGGGCAUACUGGAGGCAGUCCGUGAAGGCGAUGAAGGGUCACAGUCGGUAGUCUGCGGGCAGCGGGAGGGAGGCGAUCAGCGGCGGGAGGAGAAUGGGGACGGGCCGUCCGAGUGGGGCAAUGCCUCCGUCGCAGCCGCGGAGCCGCAGCAGCCUCAGCCGCCCCCCGGCAAGCUGAAGAAAACGGCUUUCAAACUGUUCGGAGGGAAGAGGAGCAUCUGUACGCUGCCCAGUUUCUUUGGAGGCAGAAACAAAGGCCAGGGGAAAGUAGCCUCCAAAAAGGGCCUCAGUAAAUGUAAGACCCACGACGGGCUCAGCGGUGCUGCAUAUGACAAGGGUGGUGGGGUGCAGCUGGAAAGCCCUUCGGAGGGGAGCAGGGACUCGCAUCCUUGCCCUCUGCCGAGCUCCCAAAGCGCUCACUUGGCCGUAGACGCCGGCGCCAAGUUUGAUUUUGGCCAGCAGGACAGCUCUCCGCCCGGGAGUAUCGAGGGCUGUGAGAAAAAGCCCAACGGAGAGAAGUCCUCCUUCCCCAGACCCAAAAAAGGCCUGAAAGGGUUUUUUAACAGCAUCCGGCGUCACCGGAAGAGCAAGGUUGCCGAGUGUGAGAAAGCAGAGCUCCCCGAGUGGACCCGGCAUUCGGAGGAGGCCGGCAAAGCUCCUGGUGUGGGAGCGGAGAGCCGAGGGGCCGCGGAGGGAAGGGGGCCGGGACCUGUCCCUCUUGCCGCGGCCUGCCCGGGGGGCUCGGAGGAUGACCGCUCGGUAGGCGCGGCUGCCAGCUGUGGUGGGGCUGCCGAGCCCGGCCGCCAGGCGGCUGAUGAAGGCAGCUCUGAGGGCAACGCGGUGGCGAUGCCGGGGAAGAGGGACGUUCCGGAUACGAAAUCAGAGGCUGACGCUGCUGUUUGCGCAGAGUUUGACUACGGCAAUCUCCUGCUGGCCUUUCAUCCGGACUUCAUGGACAACGACCCUCCCUGCCUACACUCUGGGGACCUGCUAAGCCUCAUCUUAGGAGACGUCACAUCCCUGAAGAGCUUCGAUUCCCUGACGGGGUGCGGGGACGACAUUGCUGAGCCUGACAUCGCUGAGAGCACCAUCUCUGUGGAGCGCAGCAGAGAUGCUGCUAAACGGAGCUCCUGCCUGGUCACCUACCAGGGCGGUGGGGAGGAGAUGGCCAUACCUGAGGAGGCGGAGGAGUACCUCCACCAGAUAUGGAACAGCGGCACGGCAGGGGACAGGAGCUACGGAGCCCAGGUGGUGUCGAGUAGCAGUUUGGAGACGCACGCCUCGCAGGAGGCGGAAGCCCAUCCCUACGUGGGGGACGCGAUGGACGGCGUUGACCUCCUGACGCCACAGAGUGACCAGCAAGAGUCCGCCCCUAAUAGCGAUGAGGGUUAUUACGACUCCACCACGCCGGGGCCGGAGGAUGAAGCCGGAGAUGGGCUCGGUGAGAUCAAGAAGGACCGUCUUCCCAGAGACAGUUAUAGCGGUGAUGCACUUUAUGAGUUUUAUGAGCCUGAUGACACGCUGAUGAGUCCCUCUCACGGGGAGGAAUCCCUGUUUGAGAGCAAAGUCUCACGCCCGGGGAUCUUCAGCUACUUCUUGGACAUCUGCCCCCCUGCUGAGAAGAGCCUGAACCAGAUGCUGGAUCAGAAAAGAGGGGUGAUGGAAACGGAGGAAGAGACGGAGGAGGAGCGGCUAGCGGCCAUUCAGAAAGAGCUGCUGUACUGGGAGCUGCAGAGGGAACCGGUCUUGAAACGACUUGAUGUUCCCAGCAAGGAGAAGUGUCCCCGGGAAAAGCAGUGCGUUGAAUGUAAAACUAGAGCAGCCAGCUCGAUUGGCAAGAAUCAGAGUGGCCUUGGUAGCGAGCAGGUGGCCUCGCACGCCCCAAACAGGGGUGUGAAUAGUGGGGUUUCGGUGGCUAGAGCUGAAAAUCCAGAGUGGAGGGAUUUUCCAGGGACCCUGUGUCCAGAAAACUGUUACAACAGCCAAAAAGCCCAAGGAAGUUGCCUUAUUCAGCUCACGAAGAACAACCCGGGGUUCGAUUCGGACCCGGACUGUGGGUUGUUUGGGGGCUCCAUCCACGGCAGCGUAGCCCCAGCCAAAGCAGGGAUGUUCCCCGCCUACAGACUCCCAGAGCACGAGCGUGGCAGCGGAGCGGAGACCACCACCGGCAAGCCCCAGCUGGGCAGCGAACACGAGCCCGAGCAUGCCGUGAGCUUCUCGCAAGCGCUGGUGGAAUUCGCCAGCAGCGGCACCCUCUUCUCCAGCCUCUCCGAAAGUCUGGGGAGCUCCAACUCCGGCUCUUCCUUCACCCAGAACCUCCCUGCCCUCCCCACCAUGGUCACCUUCGACGUCGUCGACGUGGAGCAGGAAGGAGAAGGGGAGUGCGAGCAGCAUCCCGAGAUGAACGCCGGCGAGGACAUUGCUGAGGCCUUUGACGAUGGCUACGGACGGAAAGAGUCGUUGGCCGAAUGUGACGAGAGAAUGUCCCCGGGGUACCCCCCGGGCUCUUUCCAGAGCUGCAACUGGGGUGUUGCCAGCCUGCCCCGCCACCUGCGCCUCCACGGGCUGAGCCCCUCCAUGCCAGCACCGCUCUCCGUCAACCGGAGGAGCCGGUCACUUGACACGGAGAGCCUGGAGUUUGAGCUUGCUGACUCGCAGGUUGCCAAGAGCGGCCCUCAGCCGUGCCGGCUCUGGUCGAAGCGGGAGGGUGGCAAAAAGGACUCGGGCGGAGCGAGGAGGAGCAGGAGCAAGGAGGAGGGUGAGCUGGCGGCUCCUGACGGCGGGUUGAGCUGGCCGGGCUUGCAGCACCUCCGGCACGACACCGACGCGGCUGGGGGGGGGAUGAAGCACUGGGGUUUCGCUCCGGCCGCCGCGAUGCAGAGUGCCUGGGAGCCGUCGGAGCAGCCGGGCACCGUGGCCCCUUUCCUGUCUCUUUCCCGGAGCAUCGCCGGAGAGACUCCGGACAGGCGGCCCCAAGAGCCGGAGCUGAACAGGCACCCGCUCAGGCCCUCCAAUUUACCUCUGCAGACCGACGCGAGGCGGUCCCGGGAGGCGGCUGGUUCCUACAGGUACCACGGAGAAGUCACCGCCAAAAAGCUGGCCCGCUUGUUACCCGUGGGAGAAACGGAGCCCGAGCUGCCCCCGAGCUUUAGUUUCGCUUGCUCCCUGGAGAAACGCGCCAAGUGCAAACCCGUCGGCAUCGCCCAGGGCGUGCCUCAGCAUCCCAGCGACAGCACCGACAGCGUAAAAAGCCCGGAGCGCUGCGGAGAGCCCCUGAAAGGCAGAGCCAGCCCCGGCCACGCGCUGCCCGCCGGCUGCCGGAGCACCGCAGUGAAUGUCACCGAAGCCGAAUAGCUGCUCUGGGGAGGGUGUGAAAAGGGUUGCGAAGUGCAGGGAGGGAGAAAAUAAACGUUAACGAGCAAUUUGUGAGUGACUUUAAUUUAGACCUGGGCUGAUAAGGAUGAGCUCCUCUCCCGCUGCUGUGGUACGUGGUCUCGCCGCUGCGGAUGCUCCGGCGGGGGUCGGAGCCCCCUCUGGGAUUCGUACGUUAACGCUGAGGCACUUUCUUGUUUUCCAGCGCGAGCCGCCACGCUCUCGAACGCCAA